UCUUUAGGAAAAUUCAGACAUGAAACUGUUAGUAAUAAAAAAUCGAUGUCUCGAAAAUACAUUAUUCGAGUUCGAUAUACUGUAAGUUCGUGACAGUUGACGCAUAGGUAGCAGAUCACUGAUGGUAGUUCAAAAAGUUGUUGUUUGAUUAAUUACCUUUUUAAGAUCACAAGAUGUUGGUCUUCUGUGAUAUUUUUUAUUUUAAAGUGCUUAUAUUUACUUAUCUGUUGGCAUUUUUACCCAAAAGUUUAGGAAGUAAAGGUGCUGUAUCUCUCACACAAAAAAAUAUUGAUCAUACAUUAGCAUCCAAUGAACUUGUAUUUAUAAACUUUUAUGCAGAAUGGUGUCGUUUUAGUAAUUUAUUGGCACCUAUAUUUGAAGAAGCAGCAAAUAAAGUACAUACUGCUUUUCCAGAACCUGGAACUGUAGUUAUGGCUAAAGUAGACUGCGAUAAGGAAGGAUCUGUAGCUUCAAGGUUUCAUAUUUCUAAAUAUCCAACAUUAAAAGUAAUUAGAAAUGGACAACCAACUAAAAGAGAGUAUAGAGGACAGCGCUCUGUGGAGGCUUUCGAACAGUUCAUCAGAAAACAGUUACAAGAUCCCAUUAAAGAAUUUUAUGAUCUAAAAGAAUUAAAUAAUCUUGAUGAUAAAAAGAGAAUGAUUAUUGGAUAUUUCGAUAGAAAAGAUAUUCCAGAAUAUCAAAUGUUCAGAAGGGUAGCAACAAAUCUAAAGGAUGAUUGCCAGUUUCAUGUUGGCUUUGGCACUUGCUCCAAUGAAAACUGUGAAAUAGGAGAGCAUUUUCACUUGGUAGAUGCCAGUAAAGCCAUGCAUCCACCUGGUCAACCAAUUGUUGUCUUCCGAUCGGAUAAAGCAUUGUCCAAUGAUAAAGAUGAAACUUAUCAAGGCACUUUGAACAACUUCGACGAAUUAAAUAUCUGGGCUCAAGAAAAAUGUGUUCCGCUUGUGAGAGAAAUUACAUUUGAGAAUGCAGAAGAAUUAACAGAAGAAGGGUUACCUUUCCUUAUAUUGUUUCAUGCUCCAGAUGAUACCGAGAGCGUGAAAAAAUACAAAGACGUUGUAACUAGAACAUUGAUAGAUGAAAAACAAAACAUUAAUUUCUUAACUGCUGAUGGCUUGAAGUUUGCACAUCCUCUUCAUCAUUUGGGGAAAAGUACAUCCGAUUUGCCGUUAAUUGCGAUUGAUAGUUUUCGUCACAUGUACCUGUUUCCUAGCUUCCAAGAUAUUAACAUAGAGGGAAAAUUAAAGGCUUUUAUUCACGAUUUAUACUCUGGAAAACUUCAUCGAGAAUUUCAUCAUGGACCUGAUACCCCUAGUAAUAAUGAAAUACCACAAGUUACAGGACACGUGAAAGUGCCUAUUGCCCCACGGGAAUCUACGUUUAAGAAACUCGCACCCAGUAAAAAUAGAUACACUUUGCUUAGGGAUGAAUUAUAAUAGUGUUAUGAUGGUGAAUCAUAAAAAAAAAAUGAAGUGAAACUUGGAAUUACGGAAUGAAAUUACAAAAUAUAGUCGUCGACGAGGAGUAAAUUCAAAUUAGACAAAAAAGCUUCGCAAUAAUACAUACAAGUGGAUGGUGAUCCAUAGUAUAUUUAUAAUCUUGGUCUAUAUCGCGACGAUAAGCCUUAGUUAUAAAAGUGUGUUAGGAAAAUUUUUGUUGUUACGCAUUUUAAUUUUUCGUAUUAACAAUUCUCAUUAUAUAUUUAAUAUACAAUUGUAAUAAGAAUUAAAAUCAUAAUUGUAUAAAGCCUUAUUUCAGGAAUAUAAUUGGAUACUAAUGAUCAUUAGUAAUCAGAAAAUCUAUAAAGAUUUAAAUAUAAGAAAAUAAUCGCUUUCAUUCUAUAUUUUUACAUAAAUUUUUAUUACUUUCUUACUAAAGAUAAAAUUAAAUAUCUUUACUAGAAGUUAUGAAAAGAAAACUAAAAGAUUGUACAUCUCCCACUGUCAAUAUUUACAUAUUAGAUUUUAUACUACUAUUUAAAAUAUAGAAGAUACAUAAAAAAUCAUGUGAAACAAAAUCUUUUGAGAAACCGCUUAAUCGAAAUAUUGUAUUCUCUUUUCACUCAUUACGAUUUAUAUUUAAGUAAAAUAUCAAAAAGCUUCUAUUUUUAGCUUGACAAUUACUGCUCGAAUUGCGUGUGAUGUUUUCGUGAGUAACAACGGUUAGGGGUUUUGAAAUUGAAAAAAAAGGUUUCUUUUUUUUUUUUCAUAGAAUGAACGGUCAAAAACAAACAAGAAGUCAAUAAAAAUACGGUUGCACGAAUGACUUGAGCUGAACGCAAGAUUAAUUCUUAACGAUGCGUGCGUGUUUGCGUGCGUGCAUAAUAUUUAGUUUAUCGAUUCCUUUGAGAUAUUGCUCUCUAUGAGAAGCAUAUCACAAGGAAUAAAUGCAUCGCCUAUUUGUGUGUCCGAAAGAAAUGAGAAAGCAUGGUAAACUAUAUGAAGUAUAGAGAUACUUUUUCAAAGUGUUGUACGGAUGAUGGUAUUAUUAAUUUACUGUUAAUAAAGAGAUUCUAAGUCA